UAUUUUUCGGAUUUUGUUUUUUUCAUUAACGAGUUUCGUAUUUCGAACCACAAACCGCAAUACAAACAGCUCGAUUGUUAUUUGAGUUUAAAGCCUUGAUUAAAUAAUAACCGACAUCGCCGCGAUAAGGUAACAACACAAUAAAUAAAGUGGGGCGUCUUAAAUCGAAAAUAACACUCACACGCCUGCUUAUUUGUAUCAACUACUGUAACCCAGUAAUAAUUGAUUUUCACUACGCCUUUGGCGUUUUCCUUUUCGAAAAGCCACAGAAUAAGCAAAAUGUCAAUAUCAGCUGAUCAGAAACGAGCGUUGGACGCGCAAGCAGUGAAUAAUUUUCGUGAAUAUUUGCAAAUUCCUUCCGUUCAUCCUGAUGUUAAUUACGAUGGCUGUGUUAAAUUUUUGCGAUCACAGGCACAAAGCUUGGAUUUACCCGUCAAAAUUAUUACCCUUGUUACCGGCAAGCCUAUAGUCAUACUAACAUGGAUUGGUAAAGAACCUCACAUUCCAAGCAUUUUGCUGAAUAGCCACAUGGAUGUAGUGCCAGUUUUUGAGGACAAGUGGAAAUACAAGCCGUUUAGUGCAGAUAUAGACGAUGAAGGGAACAUCUAUGCUCGUGGCACUCAGGACAUGAAGUCUGUGGGAAUACAGUAUUUGGAGGCCAUCAGACGAUUAAAAUUGGAAGGAGUACAAUUAAAGAGGACCGUGCAUGUGUCAUUUGUGCCAGAUGAGGAAAUUGGUGGUGUAGAUGGAAUGAAAAAGUUUGUGCAUACUGAAGAAUUUACAGCAUUAAAUGUUGGGUUUGCUUUAGAUGAAGGAAUGGCCAGUGAAAACGACGAUUUUGUAUUAUUCUAUGGAGAGAGGAGUAUUUGGCAUAUCCAUAUUCAUUGCCCUGGUACCCCUGGACACGGAUCUUUAUUGUUGAAUGGUACAGCUGGUGAAAAAGUCUCUUAUAUUCUAAAUAAAUUUUUUGAAUUUAGAAAACAGGAAAGGCAAAAGCUAGAGGAUAAUAAAGAAUUGACUCUUGGUGAUGUAACAACAAUAAAUUUAACGAAGUUAGAAGGUGGUGUUCAACCCAAUGUAGUGCCUCCAGAAUUAACUGUGGUCAUCGAUUGUCGCAUACCAGUAACCGUUGAUCAUAAAAAGUGGGAACAAACUAUUAAAGGCUGGUGUAGAGAAGCCGGGCCUGACGUAUUUAUUGAAUACAGUCAAAAAGGAACACCAGUACCAGCAACCAAGUUGGACAAUUCUAAUCCAUUUUGGAUUGCUUUUAAACAAACGACUGAUGCUCUCAGCCUUAAGAUAAGAAGUAUAAUUUGUCCGGGUGGAACUGAUGUUCGGUAUGUGAGGGAUGUUGGCAUACCUGCUUUAGGAUUCUCACCUAUAAACAAAACAAAAAUUUUGUUGCACACUCAUGAUGAACAUCUGAAUCGGGAUGUAUUCCUCAGAGGAGUUAAAAUUUACGGUAAAAUAAUAAUGGCUCUGGCAAAUGUACAAUGAACUUUGAUUAACUUGUUUCUUGAACUAAAUAACGAAAUAAAUUCUCUUAGAUAUGUUUCUUGAUAUAACCACCAUAAAAUAAACUGAAAUCCGAGUCCAUUCGUUUGCUAUGUUUCGCAUUCUCUCAUUUGGCUAAUCAAAUUGUUAUUCACUUGAUACUCAAUUAACUCCAAAUGGCUUGGAAAACAGUAAAAUGCCAGUAGUAUAGCUAUAUAGUGUAGCUACACAUCAACAUUGACGAUAGUGAGCAACAACAUAAGUCCCAAUUUUCUGUUUUUUAAUAAAACUACAAGAAUGUACCGAAAUAUUUAAGGUUUGUCGGUUGUUCAAUUACUUAUUAUGCAAAAUCAAAAUGAUAUAUCAAGGUCAGAAAACUUUUUUAUCUGCUGGAAAAUUUAUUUAACUGGAGUUUUGCCCGUUUCUUACUCUUACCAUAUGCUAUGGAAGUAAUAACAUUUAAACAAAUGGAUCAGUUAAAAAAAAAAUUAUUUAACCAUUUGUUAGACUUUCUAGGGGACAUGAAUUAUUAUUGCGGUGAAAUGCAACGUGUGGUCUAAGUCAGUUCAUCAUUUUUCAGAGAUAAUUUUGCAAUGCUUUAAUUUACUUAUAAAAAACUGACUUACUCCUCCUUGCUUUUCACCUGGUGAUAUAUAUUUGAAAGACGAAUUUCUAACUUAUAGUUGAAGUUAUUGAAGUAUUUCCAUAACCUGUUAAAACACAUUAGAGCACUCGCGCCAAUGGUCCUUCCAGAUAUGCACUUUAUGCGCUUUAAAAAAUUUAUUUUAAAAGAAAUGAUAGCUUCACAUAUUAAGCCAGGAGCCUAGGGUUUUUCCAGCGAAACAUUUUAAUUUAAAAUAAGUGACUGCGACACCGUAAUUCAACGAAUUCAUAAAGGCAGUACUUUUUUUUUUGUUUCAAUGCAAAUGUAAAAUCUAAAAUUGAUUUUGCCUAAAUUAAAAUUUAAAUUUUGGUCGUUUCCUUUCAAUUGAAGCUUUUAAAACUUUGUACUGUACAUGGUGGCUAUACUGAAGUCGAGGCUAUUGCCUACCAUAUUAUUUAAGCUACGAAGUCGACACGCGACCUUCAAUUGUUUUUCUGUUACAACAACUUCAAUUAGGGGAAAAACUACACAACUCCACUAAUUUAGCUUCUUCGUAUUUUCAAUACUAAAUAAGUUAGCAAUAGUGCAGGCUCGAGUUUUUUCACCCUGUAUAUAAUUUUUAAUUUAUUUUACCUAGGUAAGUAUUAUUUAUCCCCAAGUACUCCAAAAUACUUGAAA